AACCGACCAAUCGACUAGUCAUGUCCCAUAAGGUUGGGGAUCCCGAGGACAGGUUGUUGGAUAUAAGAUACCUCGAGGUUUAUGUUGAAGCUUAAAUAUUACCAUAAGAACGUGUAGAUGUCUGUAAAUUUGCCUUGACAAUCUGUGCAGAGGAAAUUGGACUUUCCUAGAAUCGGAUGUGUACUGAAGUUAGAUGACUCGAUGUGGAGUAGAUCUGCAGGUGUUGUAAACAACCACAACAGGAUAUGUGCGGAGAAGAUUGAGUUACGGAAAUUCAGAAAGAUUUUGACUACCUUUCCAUGUUGCGUAUUUGUAACCUGGUUUUUGUGGAUAGAUGUGUAUGACUUGUAAACAUGGACUGCUCACCUGUUUUAAUACUCACCAGUCAGAAUCAUAGGCUGUUUGUGAAUCUGUAAUUGCUUGUGUGGGAUUGGGUCUUGGUAGUAGCAUGAACUGUCUGCAAAUUUGGAGCAGCAGACGGUGUGUGGAGUUUGUAGACAUUGGAGCAGACGGCACUUUGAUUUCUGCCACAUGUUGUGUUCUGGUGUGUUAGAUGAAGUGGAUGUCGGACUGUUUCUGUGGAUGUGCAGUGACAGAUAUAUGUCGCUAUCAUGAUUCACCAGGGACAAGAUUAGGAGUUAUUGCUGCAUUAAUACUGCGUGGACUUUCUUGCGUCAGAUGGCCUCAAAAUCAUUGAUUCGCCUGAAAUGGAUGAUAAAAAUCCAUCAGCUGAAAUCGAAAAAUACCUAGCCCAGGGAUUAAGAGUUAGCAAUCGAGAAGCUCGGAGAGUAGCGUAUUCCAAUCUCCAGAAAAGAAGUGAGCUUAAGGUCAAGUGUGAAUAUAAUGGGGAGAAAAGAGCAAUGACGAUUCCGCGUCCGGUUGUGUACGACCAGCUGACGUCUCGCCUCGGGGAGAUGUAUCAGAUGACCUUGAACAUCUUCUAUACUCAGAGUAAUGGCGAGAUCUACGUGCCAUUGCUGACACAGAAGGACUUGGACUCUGCAGUUCAGCUUGUCGAGCAGAAUGAACACGCCAACAGCCUGAGGCUCUACCUCACCUACGCUGGGAACACCAACCAUCGCAACUCCGGCGUUGAUGACAACUACUCAUGCAGUCCGCAGAAUACACAUGUGCGUGACACACCCAGCCCACCUCCCGGUUCUCUACCCCCCAGCGAGAAGCACUUCCGUACAGGGUCAUACAGCUCCCUGGGGGAGGGGCAGUUCAUCCCCGAACAUGAAGGGAUCGCGUACCCCAGUCAUGUAGGCUCAACAGACAGUAUAUCCUCAAUAGAUAGUAGCUACAUCAGUGGCCAUAGUAAUGACACGUACCCGUUUCGGGGACGGCGAGACUCCCGGAGAAGUGUGCUUUCUGAUGGCUGCAAGGACGACCCCAGUCAAGCAGGGAGACGGCAGUUUGGAACGUUUCCUCGUGGCUAUGAUGCUGUGAAUCACCCAAAUGUAGAAGGUCACCAGACAUUUCCUCGCUCCACGAUCCGACCGAAGGGUCCGGAACAUGACACGAUGUCGUUACGUUCGAUCGUGUCCCAGGGCAGCGAGGGGACGAUGAGCACGUGCAGCAGCAGCAGUAGCGGCCUUCCCCCCGAGGAAGACUCCCCUUCCAUGUACAGCUUCUACAGUCUACAGUUCUCUAAAUCUCCUAGAGCGCCCUCUAACUGGAAGAGGGGGAAGCAACUUGGUGUUGGAGCAUUCGGAGAAGUGUUUGUGUGUUACGAUGAGGAUGCUGGAACGGAGCUUGCUGUCAAACAAGUGCAGCUUGGGAAUGUCAAUGCAGAAACCUCUAAAGAAGUGCGUGCCUUGGAGAACGAGUUGCAGUUGUUACGGAACUUCCACCAUGAACACAUCGUCCAGUACUACGGCUGUCAGCAGGAUCGUAAAGUCUUGUCAAUAUUCAUGGAGCUGAUGCCGGGGGGAUCUGUGAAAGACCAGAUCAACAAUUACGGCGCUCUGAAGGAGCAGGUUGUCAGGAAAUACACCCGCCAGGUCUUGGAGGGGCUCGCCUACCUGCACAAAAAUGUCAUCGUUCAUAGAGAUAUUAAAGCUGCGAAUGUUCUUCGCGACAGUAACGGAAACGUCAAGGUUGGUGAUUUUGGUGCAUCCAAGCGGUUACAGACAAUAUGUAGUGCGACGGGCAUCAAGUCAGCCGUGGGUACACCGCAUUGGAUGGCCCCUGAGGUGAUCAAUGGCGAGGGUUAUGGAAGAAAGGCGGAUGUGUGGAGUGUUGCGUGCACUGUUGUAGAAAUGUUAACGAAGAAGCCACCAUUUGCAGAAUAUGAAGCAUUCGCCGCCAUGUUCCAGAUUGCCACGUGUAAACACCCAAAAUAUGAUCUUCCAAAAGAAACUUCUGCUGUGGGGAGAGAUUUUCUGAUAUAUAUGUUCAAUCGAAAACCAGCAGAUCGGCCUUCUGCUGAGGACUUGUUUUCACAUAGAUUUUUCCGGGAACUGACAUAGCAUGUGGCCUUGACCUUUAGGAAUUUUCUGAUCAUGAGACCCGUCUUUCAAGCAUCUGGCUGCAGAAUGAUAUUUAUGUGUUUGGAGGACGAAGGAAGGUUUCUCUGUUGAGUUGGAGGACGGAUAUAUACCAGUGUUGCGAUGUCUCCGAAAGUACAUCUGACAUCGGAGGUCUCGACAGAUCUUUGUUUACUCCAGUCAUGAAUGUUGCAAAGGCAUCAUCAGAUAUUGUGUUUUGUGUUCUGCAAGUGCUCAUUCUCUCGCUCCGAAGUCUGAUUAUGCAGAAACACCGUCAUUGUACACAUAUACAUGCAUUGUAUGAUGAUGUACUUGUGUAACUCUCCGCAAAUCCAGAAGUACGAAAAUAUCUAAAGCAUUUAUAUAUUCAACAUCUAUGCAUUGCUUCCCGGACCCAAAACUGCAGGCGGUGGAGGAAGGGACAAUAUUCCCUCCAUAAUUGGAGAUCUCUUGUAGGGAGUAGUCUCCCCUUGUGAGGUAAAUAAUGCAACUUCCUGUGGAUAUAUUGGCCCAUAAUGUACAUGCAUAUAUGCUAAUGUAUUUUCAGUUCGGAUGGUAACAGGUCCUGAUGAAGGAUUAUCAACAAUUGUUGUUACUAAACUUACUAACAAAUGACCGAGAUAAGAAAAUGAGCUUGUCGCUACAAGUCGGCUUGAGGUCUUCAAGAUGCUUGUGGUGUUGAUUGGGAGACCGGAUAAGUCGGAGAUUAAGAAGAUGAUCGAGUGACCUUGACCUAUAUCCCAGAUCAAAAAUAUGUCGAUACAUGUUCACAAUCACUAGACCCAUUACUAUCUUCAUACAUGGUGUCAAUUUCUAAAUCUGAUUGACGUGGUCAACACAUUUCAUGGAUACAUUUUACGCAUGGAUUUGAAUUAGCUGAAGACAAGCCCACCGAAACUGGGGGUGUGCACUCGUCAAAUAGUGUGUUCAGGAAUACUUUGUUACAGAAUGUUCAUCAUUGUCCUGUUUGAAGUUUCCGAUUCCUCAAGAGGAUCCUUGCGACGAUGAUACUGUGAAGUAUUUUGAAAAGGUUUCUUUGACAGGAUGUCGGAAAACUGUGAUGUAACUGUCUCAGCAGUGUUAUUGCAGCUAUGAUUGGUUGAGUUUGUUACAUCAGCUGUGAUAGGUCAUGUUGCAUAGGUUGUUAGAAAAGUUUCGCAGACAUACUAUUUUCCGGCCCAUGAGAUCUCCCUCGAUUGUAACUGUGACGCGGGACAUCAUAUUCUUACAAAAUGGCCGCCGUUUUGUAUCUGGUGCGGAAAGACUCGGCAAGAGCUAAUGCAACCUGGAAGUCUGUCAGUAGCCAGUUGGUACUUGGGGGAUGAAAGACUGUGUAAGCUGUCACCAUGGUAUACUCAUUAAUAAGGAAUUUGACUGUAGCCAUUUGUCACAUGAUCACCAAAUUGAGCCAAAAAUACAGUAUUGGUAGAUUAUGCAAAUUUAAAAAAUGCAGGCAAUUCUUCAUUAUGAUUUAUUUAUUAGUUAGGAUGGUCUAAACCUAAAUAAUUAUUGCUGUUUUGUGAAAAAAGGAUUAUUUCAAAUGAAAAUGCAUAAUUCAAGGUCGAUAGAUUUGCAUAAGGGAUGUUCCCAAAAUGGGUAAAUUAGGAAGCAUGUAGGCAGGGAGCAUACUGCAUUCCCCAACAGCAUAAUACAUAAUACCUUGAAGCAUCUCGUUGUUCUGUUAAUGGCUACACUUGUUACACUGACAACGUUAUUGUAAAUAUUUCUAGUGGUUACAUUUUACAAACCAGGGUCAGGCCGUUUUCAACCAGCUGAUGUGGAUAAACCUAUUUUAUUUCUUGUUUUUAAAGUGGGAAAUUUAUGGUAGGUCACUAUAUACCAACCAGUAGAAAGGCCACAACAAAUUCAUUACACUGACAGCAAAUUUUAUCAGAAAAGUUGUCAUUUGAAAUCUACACUUUCAUACACGAUGCUUUAAAACAUCCUCAAUGUGUUGGACAUUAUCCACACAAGAUCUCCACCUGGUUAGCAUUCAGUGAAUUGGAAAUCAAUUUGUUGUGACCUGAAGAUUUUAGAUGCAACCCGUAGAAAUACCCUGUUUUGUUUGAUAAUCAAAAUAUUGUUGUUGGAUAUGUACCAGUGUUAAGUUGCAAAGUCAUUGUAAAUUAUUUAAAAUGGUGCCAAAUGUUUAGAUAGUAAUAUAUGAAGAAAAACUUCUGGCUUGAUUAUUGAUGGGAAAUAAUACAAAUUUGACAUGUUUAAUCACAAUGAUGUUAUCUUUUCACGCAUCUCCAUGACUUGAUUAUUAAAUCGCAUAAUAAUUGGAGACUUGAAAAACUGGAAGUUGUGUAGACUUGGAGAAUAAAGUAAAUCUAAUACAUUGUACUAACCCAAUGGCGUUUAAAGGCAAAAGAUGUCAAUAAGAAUGUAUUGAUGCUAGUUUGUGUUGUUCAUACAACUUAUGAUUUACGUGUUCCUCUAAGGGACAAGCCCAUCUCAAGGCUAAUUUGCACUAAACCAUCUUAGCAUUAAGCCUACCUUAAUGCCAAGAUCUUCUGUGCAAGUGGGCCCAGUGCAUGUUUUCAUCAUCUAAAAGUGCUAAGAAGAUUAGGAACAGGGAUGCUGUUCAUGAAAGUCUAUUUUCAUAUUUUUACCCCAAAUUUGUGUGAAUAUGCAUAUGAAGUGCAAUCAUCCCCGCUCUGUAUAUAGUGUAAAAUUAUAUCAAAGAUAUUCCCCAUGAAAGGCUGUGUUGACCUUGAAAGGUCACUUGUUGAUCCGACCUGCUAAGCACCUAGUGACCUUGCUGUUAAAAUAUGAACCCUUAAGUGUCCAUUGUGAUAAAGAAUUUAUCCCCCACAACUUAAGGCUUAAAAAAAUUAAAGAAUUGGUUCUCAGGCAAUGAUUUUUGAAAAUAUGGUGUGGACGGGCAGUGUUUUUGCGUAUUCAAACGCGUAUGUAACCAAAUAAACAGUUAUGUACUAUCAACCUGGGAAAGGACCCCCAACAUAAACAAGCAUACAAACUCCUACUGUCGCCAUAACCACAAAACAAGAUGCGCAGUAAGGCAGUGGGCAUGUCAAGGGUAGUAACUAUACUUAUAUUGGAUCGCAUUGUUUAUUAGGAUUCUUUUUUGG